AUGCCUAAUAAUGCGACAGGACCUGAUGGAGUCGUUUAUGCCCAGCCAGCUCUCGCAGUCCGGAUACUGUCCGGGGCUGAGCACAUAUUGGUGCCCAAUGUAGUUUGGCCUCUCGUACACUACCCAGAAUCCUCCCUCCACCUUGAUGGAGUUGCAGUGGCUGACGUGCGUGUGCAGGUCACUGGAGUCAUUGCUGGACUCAUGGGAACGACCCUGGAAGUUUCUGUCCUCAUAGAAGAUGAUCUGGAAUCAGAAAUGUUUGGACUUGACGCUGUCGCUGAAGGCCAUCCACUGCUGGUUGUCGGCGUACUCCCCGGGGCUGAGGACGUACUGGAAGCCCUUGUAGUUGGGCCUCUCGUAGACCACCCAGGCUCCACUCUCCACCCGGAUGGAGUUGCAGCGGCUGAAGUAGACUCGGAGCUAAGAGGAGUCCAUGAUGCGCCUGAUGGAGCUGAACCUGGAAAUGUUGCCCAUUCCCAUCUCUCUCAGGUUCCUGUACUCUCCGGGCCUCAGCGGUCGUUCAGGCAACACAAAGGCUGCGCCAAGUCCAGUAUCACUGCGAUGUUAAAUGAUGUGGGUGGAGACGUUCUAAACCAAAGCUCCUUAUCUUACGGCUCCCCCCGGUUAAAUCCAGACAGGAUGGUUCAAGAGAAUCCAGCCACCUACCAUGGGGAUCAUGCGACAGGAUCGGAUGCAGUCGCUCGUGCUAAUUCCCAUCAGGUGCUGGCUGUCUGGGUACUCGCCCCUCCUCACCAGAGUCUGAUGGCCCAUGAAGUUAGGCUUCUCAUACACCAUGAAGAGGCCACUCUCCACCCUGCAGGAGUUACACUUGUUCAGAUCAUUUUCUACGAGGAGAGGAACUUCCAGGGCCGGACCUAUGAGAGCAGCAGCGACUGCUCGGACCUCAACAUGCACCUGAACCGCUGCAACUCCUGCAGGGUGGACAGCGGAUGCUUCGUGGUGUACGACCGGCCCAACUUCAUGGGCAACCAGGUCUUACUGAGGAGAGGAGAUUACUCGGAUUUCCAGCGCAUGGGGAGCAUGAUGGGCAUGAUGGGCAUGGCCAUGCUGGACACCAUUCGCUCCUGUCGCAUGAUCCCCAUGCAAAGGGGGCAGUUCAGGAUGAGGAUCUAUGAAAGGGAGGGCUUUGGAGGCCAGAUGCAUGAGCUGAUGGAAGACUGCGAGUCUCUCCAGGACCGGUUUAACAUGUCGGACUGCCAGUCUUGCAACGUGAUGGACGGCCACUGGCUGAUGUUCGAGCAGACCAACUUCAGAGGCCGGAUGACCUACGUUCGGCCCGGAGAGUACAGGAGCCUCCGGGACACGGGGAUGAGCAACCUCAUGAGAAUCAGCUCCAUUAGACGCAUCAUGGAUAUGAUGCACAUUUUCCAGUUUUUGACGCCGUCCCGAAUGUUUUCGAUAACUGAGCUGAUCUUCCCCCCCCAGAUUGUUUUCUACGAGGACAGGAACUUCCAGGGCCGUUCCUACGAGUGCAGCAGCGAGUGCUCCGACCUGCACUCCCACUUCAGCCGCUGCAACUCCAUCCGCGUGGACAGUGGGGACUGGAUGGUCUACGAGAGGCCCAACUACAUGGGCUACCAGUACUACCUGAGGAAGGGCGAGUACACGGACUACCAGCGCUGGAUGGGAUUCAAUGACUGUGUGCGAUCCUGCCGCAUGAUCCCCAUGCACCAAGGCUCCCAUAAGAUGAUGAUCUACGAGCGCCAGGAGUUCGGAGGCCAGAAGAUGGAGCUGACCGAUGACUGCCCGGCUCUGAACGAGCGCUUCCACUCCGGCGACAUCAACUCCUGCAACGUGUCGGACGGCUUCUGGAUCUUCUUCGAGCAUCCCAACUACAGGGGACGGCAGUACCUGAUGCGCCCCGGCGAGUACAGGAGGUUUUAUGAGUGGGGAAGCAUGAAUCCCAGGGUGGGAUCCAUCAAACGUAUCACCGUACAGAGCAGAGUCGGAAGACUUCUAAUUGGAGUCGACGAUUCGCCUGAGCGAGCCGAUUCUCGGACUGUUGGCGCCCCAGUCGCUGUAUCUGCGAUAUUCACCGGGUCUCAGGUAGUAGGUCCUCCCUUUGUAGUCGGGCUGCUCGUACAGCAGCCAGUGGCCGUCCACCACGUUGCAGGAAUUGAUGUCAGACAUGCGCAGGUGGUCCUGGACGUUGGGGCAGUCGUCGCUGAUGUCCUGCGCCUGGCCGCUCAUGUCUGGGUGCUCGUACAGACGGAUCUUGUAGGAGCCGCGAUGCUGCAGAGAGAGAGACAGAGAGAAAGAGCCCAGUCCCUGAUAUAUUGUAAAAUAUCUUCUGGAGCUCACCAUGGGGAUGGCGCGGCAGGAGCGCACGCUGUCGCUGAUGCCGAUCAUGCGCUGGUUGUCGGGGUACUCGCCCCGGCGCAGGAAGUACUGCUGGCCCAGGUAGUUGGGCCUCUCGUACACCAUGAAGCUGCCGCUCUCCACCCGGAUGGAGUUGCAGCGGCUGAAGAAGGGGUGCAGGUCGGCGCAGUCGCUGGUGCACUCAUGGUGCUGACCCUGGAAGUUCCUGUCCUCAUAAAACACGAUCUGCAAAGGGGAAAUCGC